AUGUUUUUACGCUGUUCGUCCUCUCUACGAAUUCCCCGCCUGGUACCUCUUUCUACUGUAAUCCCCGGUUCCAGAGCGAUGUCCGCAACAGCUCCUCGCCCCGAUCCCUUCCGCCCCGCCAAGCGGGUAGCAGGACAGCGCCAGGAUGUCUGGUCCAUCGUCAAUGAAGCUGCUGCUGCAUCACCUGUCCAGCCCAUCGUGAACAUGGGCCAAGGGUUCUUUGGCUAUAAUCCUCCCAGGUUCGCCCUCGAUGCUGCAAAGGAGGCAUUGGACCGGGUAGAAUGCAACCAGUACUCUCCCACCAAGGGCCGCCCCCGCCUCAGACAGGCCAUCGCAGACGCAUACUCGCCCUUCUUUGGCAAGAAAAUCAACCCAGAGACCGAGGUCUCUAUCACAACCGGCGCAAAUGAAGGCAUGCUCAGUGCUUUUAUGGGUUUCAUUGAACCCGGCGAUGAAGUUAUCAUCUUUGAGCCGUUCUUUGACCAGUAUAUUAGCAACAUCGAGAUGCCCGGCGGUACUAUCCGUUAUGUGCCACUUCACCCACCCCAGGACGGUGCCACCAGAACAUCCCCUGCGUCCGAAUGGACCAUCAACUUCGAGGAGCUUGAAAAUGCCAUGAACCCCAAGACCAAGAUGAUCGUUUUGAACUCUCCACACAACCCUGUUGGCAAGGUCUUCUCGCGCGAGGAACUCGAGCGCAUUGGCGAGCUGUGCGUCAAGUACAACUUGAUUAUCUUGUCCGACGAGGUCUACGAUCGUUUGUUCUACGUUCCGUUCACGCGGAUUGCUACCUUGUCUCCCGAGCUAUAUGAGCGCACUUUGACCGUCGGCUCUGCCGGUAAGGCCUUCUACGCCACUGGCUGGCGUGUCGGAUAUCUCAUUGGCCCCGAGCACCUGGUCAAGUACGUGGCCGGUGCCCACACCCGCAUCUGCUACAGCAGUGUCUCGCCUCUCCAGGAAGCUGCUGCCGUUGCCUUUGAGAAGGCUGAGACCGAGGGCUUCUGGGAUGAGAGCCGAAAUGACAUGCAGAACAAGAUCAAGCUUUUCUGUGAAGUCUUUGACGAGCUCGGUCUUCCGUACUCCGACCCUGAGGGUGGAUACUUCGUUCUUGUCAACAUGGCCGCUGUCAAGCUUCCUGCUGAUUACCCCUUCCCACCCCACGUCGCCAGUCGUCCCCGUGACUUCAAGCUCUGCUGGUUCCUCAUUCAUGAGGUCGGUGUCGCUGCGAUUCCCCCAACGGAGUUCUACACUGAUGCCAACACACAUAUUGCUGAGGACUAUCUCCGCUUUGCUGUCUGCAAGAACGACGAUGUUCUCGAGACUGCAAAGGACCGUUUGAGAGGUCUCAAGAAGUAUAUCACCCAGUAA